ACUGACACAGGAGGGCCCACACCUCUGUGCUGCCAGUUACAGGUUAAUAUAAGCCGCACUCGACAGAGGAGCUCCACAACAGUUACUGCUCAUCAUUCAUUCUUCGACUCAUCAAAGAAGAGCGAGUAUUAGCAACGGGAGAGCAGUUGAGAAGCUGCCGGCAAAGGAUCAGCAAUGCUUGGAGGACUCCACACAGAUUUGCUGGUCACGGUGACUCUACUCCUUUUAGCUCAGACGGGGACUCGGUGCAGGGCUGAAAAUGACUUUUCACUCAUUACUUUACCAGAAGUGAGACCAAGCUCAGAAUAUGUUACAGUGUGUUACACCGACACACAGAACAAUCAGCUUUGUGACUGGACAAGGAACCGACUAACUUCAUCAACAGGGGAUGCUGAAGUGGAUAUUUUAGAGAGUGCUACUCUAGAGAUGGAGGGCGAGGCCUGUCUGGAGUUUUGGUACCGCGCCCCGUUUGCAGCGGAGGGUUCAGAACUCCGCGCUCUGGUAAAAAGCAGCACUCGUCUGGUGGAAAUCUGGAGCUCGCCUGCCCUCCCCGGGGAUUCUUGGAGACAAGUGUUUAUCCCCUUGAACAUCAUCGAACCAGAGACUCGGGUUGUUUUUGAAGCAGCUCAAGCAGUAUCCAUGGAGCAACAGAUCGCAUUUCACCGGAUAGGUGUGAGGAGAGGCCCAUGUGGACAGCAGUGUGAAUCGAACACAGAGUUCUGGACGGACGAGUCCACCCGCUGCCUCUGCUCUGCUGGCCAGCUCUCCUGCUCUCCGUCUCGGUGCCCUGAGGGCCAAAUCUGCGGCCCUCAAAGACGUCCCUCCGGCGGGAUUUCCACCUCGGGGACGUGCACUAUUCACAGUAACACAGACUGCAGCACUUUUGAUGGAGUGCUGUUCCGCUUCAUGGCCCCCUGCACCUACACACUCGCUAAGACCUGCUCACCCGCUGGAGCCCUGCCUGUGUUCAGUGUGGAAGUGGUCAAUGAGCAGAACGGGAACGCGUCCCUGCCAGCUGUCCAACAGGUCAUAGUGGAGAUCGGAAACUUGCGAGUGUCCCUGCUGAAAAGGCAGACGGACCGUGUUGUGGUUAAUGGAGUCUGGAGGAAGCUUCCACUAAAGCUCGGCGCCGGCGCCGUCAGCAUCAAGGGCAACCCUGCCGUCGUCACUCUGGUGACCAAAUUUGGUCUUUCUGUCUCAUACGACAACACUGGCGCCGUCCACAUCAGCCUGCUGCCCGCUUACUCUGAUCACGUCUGCGGCAUGUGUGGAAACUUUAACCACAACAGAGGAGAUGAAUUCAGAAGGCCCGAUGGUACAGACGCCCAGGAUGCUACAGCUCUCGCUGAGAGCUGGCAGACCGGAGAAAGCGCUUUGUCCUGUGAGACAAUUCUAGUGCCUCACAAGUGUGAUCCAAUGGAGGAGGCAGAGUAUGCUGGCGAGCUGUACUGUGGAGGCCUCCUCUCUAGUACUGGGCCCUUCGCUGACUGCCUUUCAAUUCUGGGGGCAGAGAGCUACUUCAGAGGCUGUGUGGUCGGCAUGUGCUCUAGUCAUGGUGACCCGGAGGUGCUAUGCACAACGCUGAAGGCCUACGCUGAUAUCUGUCAGGAGGCUGGGGUUGCCCUACCUGCAUGGAGGAACUCUUCAUUCUGCCCACUUCAGUGUGCUGUGAACAGCCACUAUAACUCGUGUGCUGAUGGCUGUCCCGAGGUGUGCUCUGGCCAGGAUAUAGUCGGCUCCUGUGGAAGCUGUGUGGAAAGAUGCGAGUGUGACUUUGGAUUCAAACUCAGCGGGGGCAAGUGCGUCCCAGCAGAAGACUGCGGGUGCAUGUCUGAUGGAAAACACUAUGAGAGAGGAGAAGAGUGGCUGGAGGGAGAGUGUGCAUGGCAGUGCCAAUGCAUGGCUGGCGGUGUUGUGACAUGUUCAGGCACAGAAUGUGGUCGCAAUGAGGUCUGUCGAGUCGAGGAAGGGGUCAAAGGCUGCUUCCCCCUCAAUGCCGCCACCUGCAGCGUGUACGGUGAUCCGCACUACAUCACAUUUGAUGGGAUGGCUUACGAUUUCCAAGGGGGGUGCAGUUACACGCUUACUACAACAUGUGGGGAUGAAAGUUCAGUCCAGUUCACGGUCAUCGGACACAACAUGCAUCCUCCCCUUGGGAACUUCACCCGGUCCAAGCUGGAAGCUGUGACUCUUCAGACUGACGAGCUAAACGUCACCCUGAGUCAGCGCAGAGAGAUCUACGUGAACGGCGUCCCCGUCCCGCUUCCCUUUUCCAGGAAAGGAAUGUCCAGCUCAAUAUGGGUCUUCACGAAGGGUAACUACAUUAUCUUGGAGACAACCUUUGGCCUCAGAAUGAUGAUAGAUGGGGAGAACAGGCUGUUCCUGCAGGUGGAUGAGCGCUACAAGUAUGAACUGUGUGGACUGUGUGGCACCUACUCUGAACAACAGGACGACGACUUCGUAACACCGGGAGGGCAGAAUGCCACCGGGGCUUUUGAGUUUGCCAACAGCUGGAGGGUUCCAGACAAUAAUGAGUGUGUUGCUCAUCCAAAUGAUCCCAGACUUUGUGAUUAUAAUGAGGAGAAUGAGGCCUACAAUAAGUGUUACGCGCUGCUAGGGGAUGCCUUCAAGUCCUGCCAUAAAGUCAUUCACCCAAGCAUAUUCCUGAGUAGCUGCGUGUAUGACUACUGUGCCACAAGUGGUGACAACCACACCCUUUGCGAAUCUCUGGGGUCCUAUGCGGCAGCCUGCCAGGUCGCAGGAGUGGAGCUUUCCGAUUGGCAGACAGGCGCAGAAUGCGCUGAUCCCACCACAACUCCAGCUCCUGUCACUCCAACACCAGCUCAGACCAAGUGUCCCUUGAAUUGCGACUUUGAAGAAAAUCUGUGUGGGUGGGAACAGCUCAUACAGGAUACUUAUGAUUGGACGAGACAAUCAGGACCAACCCCAUCUGACCAAACUGGCCCAAGCGAAGACCACACUACUGGAGCUGGAUUCUACAUGUAUCUUGAGGGAGACAGAGUAAUCCAUGGAGACUCAGCCCGUCUUAUGAGCUCAGCGUGCCAGUAUAGUGGCCCACUCUGCCUGCAGUUCUGGUACCACAUGUACGGUUCAGCCACAGCCAUGGCCCUCAAUAUCUACCUGCUCAGAGACAAUAAAACUACCAAGAUCUGGGCAAUGAUGAACAACCAGGGACCACAAUGGCAUCAAGCAUAUGCUGACAUCACUGUAGCUGGUCCAUUCCAAAUCAUCGUGGAGGGAAUUCGAGGCUCUACCACUCAAUCAGAUGUUGCCAUAGAUGACAUUUCCAUCUACUUUGGCUCAUGUUCAGUUAGCAGCCCUGGCCUGGUUGGUGGAACUGAGCGUCCUUUCACAACUUCAGAGAUCCUCCCGGCACAACCGGUCUGCAGUAUCGACUGUAGCUUCGACAGCAACCUUUGUAGCUGGAAUCAGAUGGUCACAGAUGCUUUUGACUGGACAUGGCAGAGCGGUUCCACCCUAACGCCGAUGACUGGGCCCUCUGCUGACCACACUGGUGGUGGUCACUAUCUUUACAUCGAGGCCAGCAGCGUGACACAUGGAGACACGGCUCGUCUCAUCAGCUCUGAGUGUUCUGACUCUGGUCCUCAGUGUCUACAGUUCUGGUACCAUAUGUACGGUUCAGCUGAUACAAUGGGCCUCCAUGUCUACCUGAUCCAAAACAAAUCAGCCGAUGCUGUUUUUUGGAGGAGAAAUGACCAAGGAGAUGCAUGGCAACUGGCUCAAGUGGACUUCACAACAACUGAAGCUUAUCAGAUCAUCUUUGAGGGGCGUAGAGGCUCCAAUGAAGAGUCAGAUGUGGCCAUAGAUGAUGUAAAGCUAUAUCAUGGUCGAUGCUCUGAUCUGAGUGGUGUUGUGACACCUCCUCCUAAACCUGAUGGAAACACCACAGCUCCUCCAAGUGUCCCUGUGCCCACCACUGCAGCUCCAGAGCCUCCUGUGGUCAAUGCUACUGUUCAGCUUCCUGUUACAGCUCAGCCCCCUGUGGCAAACGCCACCAUGCCUCCCAUGGUAGAGGAGCCAACCAUCUCCAUUGAUACUAUCAAUGUUAUUGAGGCUCAAAAUAACAGACAACCAUCGCAUCCAGUCUGCAGUAUCGACUGUAGCUUCGACAGCAAUCUUUGUAGCUGGAAUCAGAUGGUCACAGAUGCUUUUGACUGGACAUGGCAGAGCGGUUCCACCCCAACGCCGAUGACUGGGCCCUCUGCUGACCACACCGGUGGUGGUCACUAUCUUUACAUCAAGGCCAGCAGCGUGACACAUGGAGACACGGCUCGUCUCAUCAGCUCUGAGUGUUCUGACUCUGGUCCUCAGUGUCUACAGUUCUGGUACCAUAUGCACGGUUCAGCCGAUACAAUGGGCCUCCAUGUCUACCUGCUCCAAAACAAUUUAGCUGAUGCUGUUUUUUGGAAGAGAAAUGACCAAGGAGAUGCAUGGCAACUGGCUCAGGUGGACUUCACAACAAAUGAAGCUUAUCAGAUCAUCUUUGAGGGGCGUAGAGGCUCCAAUGAAGAGUCAGAUGUGGCCAUAGAUGAUGUAAAGCUAUAUCAUGGUCGAUGCUCUGAUCUGAGUGGUGUUGUGACACCUCCUCCUAAACCCGUUGGAAACACCACAGCUCCUCCAAGUGUCCCUGUGCCCACCACUGCAGCUCCAGAGCCUCCUGUGGUCAAUGCUACUGUUCAGCUUCCUGUUACAGCUCAGCCCCCUGUGGCAAACGCCACCAUGCCUCCCAUGGUGGAAGUAACAACCAACCUAAUAAACAAGGACAAUGUUACUGGGGUUCCAGAUAACAGACCACCAUCACAUCCAGUCUGCAGUAUCAACUGUAGCUUCGACAGCAACCUUUGUAGCUGGAAUCAGAUGGUCACAGAUGCUUUUGACUGGACAUGGCAGAGCGGUUCCACCCCGACUCCAAUGACUGGGCCCUCUGCUGACCACACUGGUGGUGGUCACUAUCUUUACAUCGAGGCCAGCAGCGUGACACAUGGAGACACGGCUCGUCUCAUCAGCUCUGAGUGUUCUGACUCUGGUCCUCAGUGUCUACAGUUCUGGUACCAUAUGUACGGUUCAGCUGAUACAAUGGGCCUCCAUGUCUACCUGCUCCAAAAUAAUUUAGCUGAUGCAGUUUUUUGGAGGAGAAAUGAUCAAGGAGAUGCAUGGCAACUGGCUCAGGUGGACUUCACAGCAACUGAGGCUUUCCGGAUCAUUUUUGAGGGGCGGAGAGGCUCCAAUGAUCAGUCUGAUGUGGCUAUAGAUGAUGUAUCGCUUCAUCGUGGGCGCUGUGCAGACCUGGUAAAACCAACAACUCCAGCUCCAACCGAUUUCAAUUCAAUUAGAACAGAGGGUCCAGAGAUUCCUCCAGCGAACAGCUCAACUGCCACACCUACAAGUACAUCAAAACCAACAACAACUACCAUCACAACAGCAGCAACUGAAACUCACCAAACUUUAGAUCCUGAUGUCCCAACAACAACAACAACAACAACUAUUACCACCAUCACAACAGCAGCAACAACAACUACAACAACAACACAGCUACCAACAACCGUUACAACAACUGCCUCAACCACAUCCUCAAUUGUUUGUGAUACACAACCCUCUAUAUCUACACCACAACCUACAACCACAACUAAACCAGAGUCACAAACAACAACUGGACCAGAACUUUCAACUACAUCUAGACCUCAACUUCCAACUGAAACUCACCCACAGCCACAGACAACAGCUGGACCACAACCUCCAACUGAAACUCAUCCACAACCACAGACAACAGCUGGACCACAACCUCCAACUGAAACUCAUCCACAACCACAGACAACAGCUGGACCACAACCUCCAACUGAAACUCAUCCACAACCACAGACAACAGCUGGACCACAACCUCCAACUGAAACUCAUCCACAACCACAGACAACAGCUGGACCACAACCUCCAACUGAAACUCAUCCACAACCACAGACAACAGCUGGACCACAUCCUCCAACUGAAACUCACCCACAGCCACAGACAACAGCUGGACCACAACCUCCAACUGAAACUCACCCGCAGCCACAAACAACAGUUAAACCCCAACCUCCAGCUUCAACUACACCAAAUCCACCAACAACAGCUGGACCACAACCCACAACAACCAUUAAACCACAUCCAACAACAGCUGGACCCCAACCUACAACAACAGCUGCUCCACAACCAACAACUACACCUCUACCAACACCCUCUUGUGCCCAGAACAGUCAUUACACCACUUGUGUCCCUGCCUGCACUCCCACCUGUUCUCACCUGAACGGCCCGCCACACUGCAGUGGCAAUCAGCGUUGUGAACCGGGAUGUGUGUGCAAUGAAGGCUUUGUGCGGAAAGAUAGGGCUUGUGUGCCCAUCCAACAUUGUGGAUGUGUGGAUAGUAAUGGCACCAAAUAUGAUUUCCGUGAAGAGUGGUACACCAAUCACUGUAUUCAGAAAUGUGAAUGCAAGGAGCGCCGCGGUGUGGGGAAGAUUGAAUGCGACGAUGAAGAUGAGUGUGAUGGAAAUGCUGUCUGUCUUCAAAAUGUUGAGGGCGAUUACUACUGCCAGUCCACAGGUUUCGAUGAGUGCACCAUAAGGAGUGACUCUGAGUAUAGAACCUUUGAUAGAAAGAAGUAUGACUUUGAAGGUGAGCACUCAUAUGUGCUGGUCCAGACCAAGAACUUGCCAAAUUACCUUCCAGAUGUCUACAUCGAGGGCAUCAAUACACGCGUCGAGGACGACGAUAGUCAUCAGCAUGGUGACAGCAGCAGCGAAGAAAACCACAGUCACAGAGUCAGAGACGAAGAUGACGAUGACAGUGAUGAAGAUGAUGACGAUGACAGCGAAGAGCACGAGGACCACCACAGAUUACAAGGGCUUAAAAUCAGAGUGUACAGCCACACUGUGGAGUUCAAGAAGAAGCGGAGGCUGGUUGUGGAUGGAAGGAGAACUAAUGCUCCCGUGUCACCAGCUGCUGGUCUAAAAAUCUAUGAGCAUUCCUCCCGCAUCUACCUGAAGACCGACUUCGGCCUCUCAGUGGAGUUUGAUGGACACCACACACCAGAGAUCAUUCUACCACGCUUAUACAUGAGGAAGGUGGGGGGUUUGUGUGGAAACUUCGACAGAGACAAGGGGAAUGACUGGACGAAGCCAGAUGGCAGCAGGGCCAGGAACGUUCGAGAGUUUGGAGAGAGCUGGAGAGUGUGAAAUUCGGAUGGAUCCAAGGAUGAGACAUGGCAAGAGACAGUUCUGACUACUAGUAGAAACGUUACUGUGUUAGUUUACAAGAGGACCCCUAACUGCUAUUGGAUUAAUUACAAAAUUAAAACAGACAAAAUUCAUGCACAUUUUUAAGAUAACUUGCCUCCCACAAUCCCUUCCUAAACAUGACUGAUGUCCAAGUUUCUUUGCACCCACAUUAUUCUGGGAAUUUCCAUUGUUUCAAUAAUCUGAUGUCAAGCUUACAAGUUUAUUUUAAAAAAGUUUCUCAUCUCUCUUUUUUAAAAAAAUAAUAAUAAUAAUAAUAAUAAUAAUAAUUGAACUCUGUGAUAAAAUGUCAGACUCAUUAUAUAUGUCAUUGCCCGGCAUAGUAUUUAUUUAAAAGUGAUUUUCUUAGAUCUGUGCAUCUAUCCUGUCUUAUGAAGCAAUGGCUUCUUUAAAACACAAUAUAUUAUAUGGUAUAUUCCAUAAUGAUUAUGCACCACUGCGAAUGGAUUUUGUUUCACUGUCUGGCACUGUUCCAAAAUAAGUUUGAUGUGCAAUAAAUGCUUCACCUUGUUGCACUGCUCAAAUAAAUGUGCACUGUGGAUGAA